CGUGCAAUUGUUUCUCUCUCUCUCUCUCUCUCCCUCUGUAAAGUUGUAAACUUUUUUCAUUUUGAUCAGUCAUUUUGUUUUUUCUGUUACCUCUUCAGUUCACAGUCUCUCUUUCUCUGUACCCACUUUAUCUGAUCUCUUCUUGGAAAAGAAAGUAAAGUCUGGUCUUUUUCCUAGCUCAAGUUCAGGGGGUUUACUUCAAACAAAGACUACGCCUUUACAUAUACAACUCUCUCUCUCUGUCUCUCUCUCUCUCUCUCUGUUUCUUGUUGUUUAUCUGUAACUAGGAUUCUUCAACUUGGAAUUCGUGUAAUGGGUUCGUUCUUUCACACGGGUUUUAUUCUGCAUCUUCUUUCCUCUUCGGCUUCCACUAUUCUCUAAUGGCGUUUUAUUCUUCCUUUUUACUGUUUACAAGCUAUAUUGAUUGUGCUUCUCUUCCUUCUAGUUCUAUCUAUUAAAUAUAUUAUAUUUCUUGUCUUAUUAGAAGAAGAAGAUAAGUUUCCCUAAUUAAUAUUUUUAUUUCAAUUUAAAUAUAGACAUCUGUGCAUGUGCCGAAAUCCAUGGAGGAUUUUUAUAGGCUUGAUCCUACAAUCUCUUGUUCAGAUAAUAUUGUUACAGUUGAAAACUAUACUGCAAAUUUCACUGCUUCUACUACUAGUAAUAGCACUAAUCAUCAAUUCCAUAGCUCGGUGGGUAAUUUACUUCUAAUUGGAGAAGGUGGUGAUAAUCAUGGCCAUAGACAAGUUUUUGAAUCAGAUAUGAUUGAUCUAAUUAAGAAUCAGAUCGCCAAUCACCCUCGUUAUCCUUACCUAGUUUCUGCUUUCAUAGAAUGCCAAAAGGUUGGUGCACCACCAGAAAUGGCGUCUCUUCUUGAAGAAAUAGGCAGGGACAGUUAUUCAAUCAAGAAUUGCAGCAGUGAAAUGGGAGCUGAUCCAGAACUUGAUGAGUUCAUGGAAUCAUACUGUGAGAUACUCCAUAGAUACAAAGAGGAGCUGUCCAAGCCGUUCAAUGAGGCGACUACAUUCUUGAGCAGCAUAGAAUCACAACUGAGUAAUCUUUGUAAAGGAACGCUGACAAAACCCUUUGAUUAUGGCUCUGAUGAAGCAGCUGGAACUUCUGAGGAGGAGUUAAGCUGUGGUGAGAUUGAAGCAUCAGAAAGUCAGGAAUCUUCUGGUGGCCGUCCUAAUGAUCAGGAUGUUAAAGGAAUGCUCAUGCGCAAGUACAGUGGUUACCUAAGCAAUUUGAGAAAGGAGUUUCUAAAGAAAAGAAAGAAAGGCAAACUACCUAAGGAUGCUAGGACGAUUCUUUUGGAUUGGUGGAAUAAUCAUUAUCGGUGGCCAUAUCCUACGGAAGAUGAGAAGGUGAAGUUAUCAGAGAUAACAGGACUAGAUCAAAAGCAAAUCAACAACUGGUUCAUCAACCAGCGGAAGAGGCAUUGGAAACCAUCUGAAGAUAUGAGAUUUGCUCUCAUGGAAGGUGUUAGUGUUAGCAGCAGCAUGAUUGGAGGUCCUUCCUACUUUGAUACUGGGGGUAGAGUUAGUGGUGACUGACUAUUUGAUUUGUCAGAAGCUUUUGCUCUAAACCAUCUUUUAAUUUCUACUA